GCGGGGGCCUCAGUCGCCGUUCGACUUUGAUCGUGGGAGGAUCGUCGUGCGCGAGUGUGGGAGUACCCUGGCCCAAGUGCGACAUGAGGACGUGGCUGCGGCGACGGCGGCUACGGCGGUGAAGGACGCGCAUACCAGCGGCGAUCGGCGAGUAGUGCGGCACAGCCCCGGUGAGAUGAAGUCGGCGCAGGAGCAGCAGCAGCCGAACUCGAUGGAUUCGAGCGACUCGGCGACGACGACGGGCUCGAGCGAGUACGCGUAUCGGCCUCUUACGACGAAGCACCGGCGCGCGGGCAGCACCGGUACCACCGGCGACGAGGAGUAUACGACCGACGAAGACGAGCUCUUCGGUGACGAGGCGGAUUGCGCAGCGGGCCCCGGCCUCGGACACGCGCCCCAUCCCAUCCUUAAGAGCGACCUCGCGAGAGCGGCCACUGAUCUAUUCGGCUACAAGGCUGACGAGGAGCGCGACGAGCCCACGAGCCUCUUCGACGAGGACGAUGCGAAAUACUGCAGCCCCAGCAGCGGCAAGUCAAUCUCAAUAUUUUCGUACAACGAGACUUUGCUACCACGCGGCGUCCUAAGUCGGAAGCGAACUUCGGUCACUGGUAAGGACUCGACUACGACAAGCGAGGAGGCCAGGCAAACCCUGGAUCGACGACUGUCCGAAGAUAAAUUGGGGACGACGCCGUGCACCGGGAAAAUCUCCGAGGCCAGCGAUGGAAAUUCCACGAGGCUGAAUGACAUGACUGGUACCGACAUCAACGCUGAAACCCAAUCAAGCACAAGUUCGAAAGUCGAAUCCUUACCGGAUGCAACAUCAGUCGAACCUGUAAACGAUACAUCGGAUGACUCCCCAUCGCCAUCAACUGUUCAAUGGAGUCAUACUAUAGCGGAGAUGAAAGAACAAACGAUUACUAAACUUCAAGAGGAACUUCAGCGUGCCCACGAAGAACUCAAACUCAAGGACGAAGAGGUCGGAAGACUAUCACGAAUCCGCCAAGAUGUCGAAACUGAGCUUGAGGAACUUACAGCUAGUCUCUUUCAGGAAGCACACAAUAUGGUGCGCGAGGCUAACCAGCGGCAAGCGAACGCCGAGCGUCUUCUUGAGGAGAGCCGCAUGAAGUCAGAGAUGCUGGCAGCGGAGGUCGCCGCCCUCAAGACCCUCGUACUUACCUCGACUCCUGCUCGACCCAACCCCCAUCUUCAUCCCCAGAUCUCAGGGGCCUGCGGGGCGAUCGACGACGCCCACCACCACCACAAUCACCACAACCAUCACUACCACCACCACCAAUAUCAGCAACAGCAACAGCAGCAGUACCAACAGCAUCAGCAACAGCAUCAGCAGCAUCACCAUCAGCAACAGCAACAGCAAUUACAACAACAGUGUCAGCAGCAGCAACAGCAGCAGCAGAAUUACAGCCAACAUAGCGGUAUCUUCGCUAAGAAGCACCGACGCUCCCCCUCGCAUUUCAAUCUCAAAUAUGGCAGGGAAAAUUCACCGCCGGACUCGCCGCAGCGCGAUCUCAGGGUUUCGUUACCCUGCGACAAAGAUGCUGGAUUCGAAAGGGACAUCGAGAGGGAGCGAGAAUGCGACUGGGAGCGCAAGAGGGAAAGGGAAAGAGAAAAAGAGAACCGGGAUCUCGGCUUGGAGGUGGAUCCACGAGUACACGGGGAGUUUCUUCGAUGGAAAGCGAGCCCGUGCGUCGAUAAGAGCGAUCCCUUCCUCAGCAGAAUCUUUCGAGAGGACAUUGAUCUGUGCCUCGACUUUCCCAACGCGGAACUAGGAACCCGAGUCAGACAGGCCGUAUUGGAUGGCAUUAUUUUCGUGGAGGCCGUCAGCGACAAGACCAAGCUCAGCUUUCCCAAAAAAUGCGCCUUGUUAGAAGCGCCGAGACAAUGUCAUUAUCGAAUGCGAAUGGGAGAUCAAGAAAAUCAGUGGCAUUGUAUUUCACAAAUAUGUCGAAAUAGAAUUAUAGCAGUGUGCGAUUUUUUGAAUUAUCUCCGUUACAUAGAACGUGGCCUUGUCAAAAGUUCUGUGCACGAUGUUUAUUGGGAAAUCACGCGACUCCGAAAGGAAAUGGUUCUCGCUCGCUUGGGUCUUGCGCUCUCUGUUUAACCACAUCUGUGCUUCUUUAUCUCGCAUGCCUUUCGUCCUUCAGUCCCAACUAAUACAUCGUAUCGUGUCAUGGCCGAGGAACAAAUCAACAACUCCAAAGGUCUCUAGAUCUAAAAAUGUAGGUCGAGUCGUUCAACUUCGAGAAUUUCCAUAAUGAACUCCAAGCACAAUAUCAUAAAGUCUCAAAAUGCCAACGAAUUAUUCACUAUUCCGCAGAGAUUGUGAAGAAUUACUUGUAUUAAAAAAUAAAUGAAUGUUUCAAUGCUCGUUAAAACGUAAAUAUAUAUGAAGUAGAAGGUAUGAGUAGUUGAUUUUAG